AUGCUUCUGGAUGCUGGACCUCAGUAUCCCGCCAUAGGAGUCACUACCUUCGGAUCGUCUCGCCACCACUCCACGGCCGAUGUCACGGACAGAGAAGUGGGGCUGGGGAUCAACCCCUUUGCCGACGGCAUGGGCGCUUUCAAAAUCAACCCCAGCACCCAUGAGCUGGCCUCGGCCGGCCAGACCGCCUUCACCUCGCAGGCUCCCGGCUACGCGGCGGCGGCCCUGGGGCACCACCACCACCCGACCCACGUCAGCUCCUACUCCAGCGCCGCGUUCAACUCCACCCGGGACUUUCUGUUCCGCAACCGCGGCUUCGGGGAGGCGGCGGCCGCCAGCGCCCAGCACAGCCUCUUCGCCUCCGCCGCCGGCAGCUUCGCCGGCCCCCACGGACACAGCGAUGCCGCGGGACAUAUACUUUUCCCCGGGCUUCACGAGCAAGCCGCCAGCCACGCUUCACCCAACGUGGUGAACGGGCAGAUGCGCCUGGGCUUCUCCGGAGACAUGUACGGCAGACCCGACCAGUACGGCCAGGUCACCAGCCCCCGCUCCGAGCACUAUGCCUCGACCCAGCUGCACGGCUACGGCCACAUGAACAUGAACAUGGCAGCCCACCACGGGGCAGGGGCCUUCUUUCGUUACAUGCGGCAGCCCAUCAAACAGGAACUCAUCUGUAAGUGGAUUGAGCCCGAGCAAUUGUCAAACCCCAAAAAGUCCUGCAACAAAACUUUCAGCACGAUGCACGAGCUGGUGACUCAUGUCACCGUGGAGCACGUUGGAGGACCCGAGCAGUCCAAUCACAUAUGUUUCUGGGAAGAGUGCCCGCGAGAAGGGAAGCCUUUCAAGGCCAAAUACAAACUUGUAAAUCACAUCAGAGUCCACACAGGUGAAAAACCUUUCCCCUGCCCUUUCCCAGGCUGUGGUAAAGUGUUUGCCAGAUCAGAGAAUCUCAAAAUACACAAAAGAACUCAUACAGGUGAAAAACCAUUUAAGUGUGAAUUUGAGGGCUGUGACAGGCGCUUUGCAAACAGCAGCGACCGCAAAAAGCACAUGCAUGUGCACACUUCCGACAAGCCCUAUCUCUGCAAAAUGUGUGACAAGUCCUACACGCACCCCAGCUCCCUCAGAAAGCACAUGAAGGUCCAUGAAUCAUCCUCGCAGGGGUCUCAGCCUUCUCCCGCCGCCAGCUCAGGCUACGAGUCCUCCACCCCUCCAACCAUCGUGUCGCCAUCCACAGAAAACCAGACCGCCAGCUCCUUAUCCCCUUCCUCGUCCGCAGUCCACCACACGUCCAGCCACAGCACGCUUACAUCAAAUUUUAACGAAUGGUACGUUUAA